CUCACCACCCAAACAGAGAAGGAGGACUAUAUCCGCCAUUAACUUAGACAUCUCUUUGCACAUUGUGCUAAGCAUCCAUAGGUCUCCACCACCCUACAAAGAUGUCCACUCUCUCUGCACGCGCUCCUUUCUCCUGCCCUUCGGUGUCCCGUCGCUCGGGCAAGGUGUCGACGCGCUUUAGCCGCUCUACUCGCGCCGUGGUUGUCCGCGCUGCGGUGGUGCCUGCCCCGAAGGGCAUUUCCAUGCCUCCCAAGCAGCCGGAUGUGCCGCCCCCGAAGAAUGGCUUUGUGGACUAUGCCGAGCGGAUGAACAGCCGUGCGGCCAUGAUCGGCUUCUUCGCGCUGCUUGCUGUGGAGGGCAUCUUCGGGAAAGGCCUGCUGGAGCUUGUGGGCAUCACCACCGGCAACGGUCUGGGCUUUGAGCUCUAAAUAUCAUCUCCGUUUGGUGGUGUGUGUGUUCGUGCGUGCUGACGACCUGAGUGGCGUGUGGUGGUUGGUGAAUGAAUCGUGUGGCUGAUGGUGCGUGUGGCGAGGGGUGUGUGAGGCGCGUGAGGGCUGCCCUAGCGGCGCCAGCGAAAUUUUGGGGGGUCUACUCCAGAUAGCUACAGACAAUCGCCCAGUUUUCGUUUCAAGGGUGAGUUUUAGCAAGGGUGAGAAAGGCUGAGGUAGGGGAAACGUACUGACAUACUCUGCGUGUGUAGGCGUGCCUACGGGGCACCGCUCGGGAGGGCACCAGUAGCACAAGACGGAAUGUAUCGCAGGUUAAACGAUGUCUGAUUCAUGUAUGUUGACACACGCUGUCAAAGAUGGCCUGCGCAUAAGCGAGCCCGGUAUGUAACAUAAAAGCGAU